UCUCUGGUACCUUGAACGGUCUGUGACUUCGUCUCCAGCCAGUCAACCAUUUCCUCUUACGUCGUAGCCUCAAGGGUCCCUUUUUCAUCCAAGAACAGGGCAAAAAUUUCUUCCAAUACGGUUGUCUCCGUGUCGUCUGAACUCUCAACCUGCAGAUUUAAGUUGCAGGAAACCCUCUUCCUUAAAGCGAAGUUUUCUCUUCUAUUUAACUUUGCAGCUCAAAUCUUCCAAAACCCAGUUUGAAUUUCAACUCAUAGGCGUAUUUGUGCAUCUGGGUGAGUGUUGUUUUUGGAGAAGAGUUCAAGAAUGGCGGGAGAUAGCAGUAGCUCAUCUAGGGAGCUUGAUCAGACGGCAACCUGGGCAGUAGCUGGUGUCUGUGCGGUCAUGAUCAUCAUUUCCAUUGUCUUGGAGAAGAGCCUUCACAAAAUUGGAAUGUGGUUUACAGAAAGGCACAAGAAGGCUCUGUUUGAAGCUUUGGAGAAGGUUAAAGCUGAGUUGAUGAUUCUUGGCUUCAUUUCUCUACUCCUGACAUUUGGGCAGACUUAUAUUGCGAAAAUCUGUAUUCCCAUUAAGGUUGCUGAUUCUAUGUUGCCAUGCCCUUCAAAAAGGAGCGAGUCAGAGGAACAUCAGCGCAGGCUUUUAUGGUAUGAGCACAGAAUAUUAGCCACUGAAAGCAGUUCCAAUUGCAAAAAAGGGCAGGAGCCAUUGAUAACAGUUAAGGGACUUCACCAGUUACACAUCCUCAUAUUCUUUUUAGCAGUCUUUCAUGUGGUAUACAGUGCUAUCACAAUGGCCCUGGGACGUCUGAAGAUUCGUGGGUGGAAGCACUGGGAACAAGAGACUUCAUCCCAUGACUACGAGUUCUCAACUGAUCCAUUAAGAUUUAGGCUUACUCAUGAGACAUCUUUUGUGAGAGCCCAUACAAGCUUCUGGACUAGGAUUCCAUUCUUCUUUUAUGUGGGAUGCUUCUUUCGACAAUUUUUCAAGUCCGUUAGUAAGUCCGACUACUUGACCUUGCGCAAUGGAUUUAUCAGUGUUCAUUUGGCUCCUGGCAGUAAAUUUAACUUCCAAAAAUAUAUUAAAAGAUCACUGGAGGAUGACUUUAAGAUAGUUAUGGGAGUCAGUCCAGUCUUAUGGGCGGCAUUUGUGAUUUUCUUGCUCCUGAAUGUUAAUGGGUGGCAAGCAUUGUUUUGGGCAUCCUUAAUUCCACUGGUGAUAAUCUUAGCUGUUGGGACGAAGCUCCAAGCUAUUUUGACUAGGAUGGCUAUUCAGAUCACUGAUAGACAUGCGGUGGUCCAAGGAAUCCCUCUUGUGGAAGGCUCGGACAAGUACUUCUGGUUUGGUCGGCCCCAGUUAGUUCUCCAUUUCAUCCACUUCGCCUUGUUUCAGAACGCUUUCCAGAUAACAUAUUUCUUCUGGAUAUGGUAUGAGUUUGGGCUGAAUUCUUGCUUCCACGAUAACUUCAAGCUUGUAAUCAUCAAAAUCUCUUUAGGGUUUGGAGUCCUGUUCUUGUGCAGCUACAUUGCGCUUCCUCUCUAUGCUCUAAUAGCUCAGAUGGGUUCACAUAUGAAGAAAUCCAUCUUUGAUGAACAAACAUCCAAGGCUUUGACGAUGUGGCAUAAGGGAGUGAAGAAGAGGCACGAGAAGGGAGGGAAGUCUCCUGCCCGAACCCUGGCGGGAAGCCGGACGCCUUCAAUGAGCUCAACCUUGCACCCCUCAUCAGGCGCCGCGCUCCACCGGUUCAAAACCACCGGUCACUCGACCCGCUACGAAGAAGACCGCGAAGCGUCAGACUUUGAAACAGAUCCGCCAUCACCGGCAUCAGACACGGCAGAUUUGAUUGUAAGAGUUGAGCAUGAUAAUGAAGAGACGCACGAAACAGGCGCACACCAUCCCGGAGAUGAACACAGAAAUGAGGACGAUUUCUCGUUCGCGAAGCUUGCUUCAUUGAAGAAUUAACUAGAGUUAUGGUGAAUCUAUUAUUGCUUUGCUGCUGCAUUUCGAGGAAGAAUUAACUAGUUGUGGGAAUGCAGGCAGGCUGGCUCAAGCAGCGUUUCUUGUACAUUUGAUUUGACAUAUAUGCUUCUUCUUGAUCUACAUAUAUUAUUUUUUGCUUUUUUGGGUAGCCGUAGCUGUAGCUGUUGUUAUUUUUCUUGUAUUGAUAUAACACACAAUAUUUAUAUUAGGUAAUGUUUGUAUAAUAAUAAUAAUGGAAUUAGACUUGAAUUA